AGCUGGGACAUAAACUGUUCUGCCACUAGUAGUUAUAGCCCGAUCUUUCAGUAGAAUUGACAAGGUGAACCACAGUGUCCUUCUUUUGGAAAAUCAAAAUCUGCAAAGAAGGACUUCAAUCAAAUGGAGGAUGGAACAUUUCAAGAUGAUCUUCAAACUCAUAAAAAAAGAAAUUGCCUUUCCUAUACCCAGAGAUCCGACUUCCAUAUCUAUGUUCUGCUGGCAGUCUCUUUUCUCCUGACAGUUAUUUUCUACAUUGCUGUUCUUUCCAAAGCCACAACUCUUUCGUCAGAAGUGAACAAAAUAAAUAUGAUUUUUUCAGUAUCAACGACUGACCUUGAUAACAAAUUGUUCCCGUGUGGCCCUAACCACACACAGUGGGAGUACUUUGAUGGAAAAUGUUAUUACUUCUCUCUGAAGAGGGUUACCUGGAGAUGGGCCAACGAUCAAUGUAGGGACAAUCGUGCACAACUGGUUGCCAUCAAUGAUAUGGCUGAACAGAAUUUCCUCCAGACGCGAGCCAGGAAUGAACGUCAUUGGAUAGGACUUACAGACAUAGAUGUAGAAGGAGAAUGGAAAUGGGUGGAUGGCAGCAGUUACAGAAAUGGCUUCAGGUACUGGAAGCGAGGAGAACCUAAUAACGAUCUCUCGAAUGAGGACUGUGCGCAUCUCUGGGGCAAUGGAGAAUGGAAUGAUGUUUACUGCACAUACUUAUGUUACUAUAUCUGUGAAAAAUCCUUGCCAAGAGUCUUCUAAACAGCCUCACGGCACAGGGGAACUGAGGGCCUAACUGCCAAAAAGUGCAGAUUUUACCAAAGAGACGUCUUAUAUCUCACUUUUAAAGACAAUUCUGUUGUUGUUGUUGUUGUUGUUAUACUGUUUUAAAUCCCAAAUGAUUUUUAUUGCCAACAUUUAGUUAUUCUGUAAUUCUGCAGCUGAAUCAAUGAAUUUCAUAGUCUGGCUUUUUAUAUACUUGGAUGCCUCGUGGGACAUGUAGAUUCAAACUUCCUUUUCAUGUUUUAAACAAUGUAACUGAUCCAGAAAUGUAGUCAUCGAGCAAAAUCCCAUCUCUCUUACUUUGCAUUCCAACAGUAUUUUCUUUGCUUGGUUUGCUUUUUUAAUGUAAAAAGUUGAAGAAAAUAUGCAAAACAGCUCCCUUCCUU